AUAUUUUGAAGCAGAAGGAGGAUCACUAUAUUCAUUUAAAGAGGGAGGGAAUACAAUUCAAAUUGAUUUAAUGAUCGCAGAAGGGAAGCAAUAAAAAGGUUUUCCGUUCGGUUUGUAUUUUUUGAAUUUUUUCCGAUCGUUUCAUUCUGUAUUCUCCAAUAGCAGAAUGGGGCUAUGGGAAGCUUUUCUCAAUUGGCUUCGGAGUCUAUUUUUCAAGCAAGAAAUGGAGUUAUCCUUGAUAGGUCUUCAAAAUGCUGGAAAAACAUCAUUAGUUAAUGUCAUUGCGGCCGGUGGAUAUAGUGAAGACAUGAUCCCAACGGUAGGCUUUAAUAUGAGGAAGGUAACUAAGGGGAAUGUAACAAUAAAGUUAUGGGAUCUUGGUGGUCAACCAAGGUUCCGGAGUAUGUGGGAGAGAUACUGCCGUGCAGUUUCAGCUAUUGUUUAUGUUGUGGAUGCUGCUGACUACGAUAACAUACCUGUUUCAAAAAGUGAACUUCAUGACCUGUUAAGUAAGCCCUCACUGAAUGGUAUCCCAUUGCUGGUUCUGGGGAACAAGAUGGACAAACCAGGAGCUUUAAGUAAGGAGGAUCUGACAGAACAAAUGGAUCUGAGAUCCAUUGAUGAUAGAGAAGUUUGCUGUUAUGUGAUUUCAUGCAAGAACGCAACCAACAUUGAUUCAGUUAUUGAUUGGCUUGUAAAGCAUUCAAAAACGAAGAAUUGAUCUUCAUUCCUGUGCUUCUCAGCUGUCAUUCACACCAAUCAUCAAAUCAUGGCUCUAUUACAGGCCGACAGAUGUGCUUUGCUAUCUAUCUAACUCGGUUUGUUGCUGUCUGACCGUUGUAUUAGUCUUCCAAUUAGGCUUGAAACAUAUUACAUAUUGUUUUUGGGUUGACAUCUGAGUUGGGGUGAGUUUUGGAAGUGUAUUUGAGCCUUUUUAUGUUCAGAAUGCGAAUUUGAAUUGUGAUGAACCUGAACCUGACAUGGUGAUACAUAUGUUGUGGUUUUGAAUGAAAUAAUAUUUUGAAU